AUGUUUCCAGCCACACAGAACCUCGGUGCAAACAUAGCGCGAACAUACCCGAACCCAAUCAUCAUGUCCAACAGGGCGAAACAGAGACUCCGCUUUGAGUCACACCAUGGACAGGUGAGCUUGGUUAUACACAAGGGUGCGGAGAAGUGCGACUGGGUGUGUAUAGCUGGGUUGGAUGAGUGGGGAGAUGGGCUGGUGUGA